AUGGCGAGUGACAAUACGACCGAAUAUUGGACCAAUUCAACAGAGUUGAAGACACCGUUUGUUUUAAUCCCUGAUAUACCACAAUUAGUUCGUAUCCUCGUCGUCACUUCCGUUACAGUGUUUAUAAUCACCUCCAAUAUUAUCAAUAUAUUGGUACUAAGAAGAACCCGGAUGUCUGCCAACGCUAAGUUGUGUUUGAGUAAUUUGGGAUACGCCGAUUUGGAGGUGGGAUUGGUGUCGUGUUCACCCUGUGUCGUGGUCGCUAUUCUCGGGUACUGGCCGUUCGGAGAAAUCUUCUGUCAGAUAGCCGGAUUCGCUCACGGAGUAUCAGUCGUAGUAUCUAUUUUAAGCCUGGCUUUAGUAAGCGUUGAUCGCUACAUCGCCAUUGUCAAGGCCUUACAUUAUCAAACGGUUUUCACUAAAACUCGAUGUAAAAUUAUUUUAUUCAGUUUUUGGAUUAUUUCUAUGAUAUCUUUUAUCAUUCCAAACUUUCUAGUGCCUGAUUUUCUCUACUAUAAAUUCAACACAAUCGAAGGAAUUUGUGGACUCUACUGGGGUUUUCCACUCUUCUGUAUCCUUACAAGCGUCUUUCCGAUCUCUUCCGGAAUCGUAGUCGCAUGUAGCACGUUCUGUAUCGUUCGAUAUCUACGGAAGUCGGACACAAGCCUAUCGUCGAGCGUCGGAGCUAGAGUGAGAGGCCGUGGAAGUCGAGAUACUAAAGCUCUGAAGAUUUUAAUGGCCACGACCUGUCUGUAUUUCAUAUGUUGGGGUCCAUACGUCAUAUCCGUAAGCAUCACUUCAUACCUACCAAGUAUCAAAGCGCCACCUAUCGCUGAUUUUACCUUUAUGUGGGUUGCUAAUAGUAACAGUUUUAUUAAUGUUUUAGUGUAUUCUGUUGUUUAUAAAAGUUUUAGAGACGAAAUCAAAAGAAUGUUUACACCAAAAUAUUGGAGAAAAGAGAGAAGUUUGCGGCCGCCGCCUGUAGUCAGUUAUAUUGUUAGUAGUGACGUUGUCGACUCUUCGUUUCAGACUAAGGAAUUCGCUCACAACGUAAUUCAAUGUGAAUAG